AUGGCAUUUGUUUGCGAUUUAACUGAUUAUAGUGGUUUAUCUCUGUGGCAGGGUUUUGCUGCAGCUGCUUAUUCAUUCGUAGAGUGGGAAAGUACGUUGCAAUUAGUAGGUGUCAUCGGACUAAGCCAGACUGUAUUUCGACGAAUUGCAUCUUACCAAGGAGCAGAGGAUCUCAAGAAGGACGUGAGUCUGCUGCUAGCUCCAGUUAGGCUUGGAGGCCAGGCCGUAUCAUGGGCCGCCGGCAAAUUGGACCCAAACCUUAAUGGGCUGCCCACUUCACCUUCUUCCUCGGAUGUCCGGAGCCGGGUGCUGCAAGCAGCCGCCAAGCACGAAUCUCAGCCGUCAGAGAGCGACGGAAUCCAAGAUUCGCCAUCUGAGAAUGACAAGGUACAAGCAUCCGAAGCUUAA